GCUCACAUAGGGAGCACACUCUGACAGAGAGACAGCAGGAGAGGAGGAGGAUGAGGGAAUAAUACAGAUACUGUGAACUUGCUUUAAACUCUGAACAACCACAGUUUUGCAUAUUAAACAUUGCCUUAAACACAGAGACGGUCCAGUGGUACUGUCAGAGAUAGCAGGGUCUGGAAAGAGACGAAGAAGGACGACAAGACCGGAGGACAGCAUCCUGCCAUAGGAGGUAAGAUUAACAGAAGGGCACAGGAGAUUACAGUAAGAAGGUAGGGGUCCAGGAAACGAGACAACUUACAAAAGACAAACACACCAGAGGAACGUCCACACAGAGAGAGAAGCAAGGACACAGAAGGAGAGGACAAACCUAAAGACAUAAACUCUUUAUGUUCCAAAGAGAAAGAAGACAAUUGGAUGAGAGAUCCUGACACACUCAAAGUCCAUCUUUAACGUCCUUCACCUGUGCAUGAGAGGAGCGAGGAAGUGACUAAAGAGAAGGGGGAAAAGAAAGAAGAGAGAAAGAGACACACAGAGAAGCAAAGAAAGAUUAGAUAAAGCAUAAGGGAAAGAACUCAAUCCUACAUAGAGGGAUUGGCAAAGGAGGGACACAGACUAACCCUGGAGUAUCUAACCAGUGCUCUGCUCAGCCCAGCGGGGAAGAUGUCCAAGUCCUCACCGCGUCUGGGUCGACCUGCAUCAGCGGGGUCCAAGAGCCCCAACUUAAGGAAAGAGCUGCAGGGUAACCGUUCAUGCAUGCUGCGCAUCGGAGAGAGGCUGAUGAGGGCAGGCAGUGAGGGAAACCUGAUCCAGAGACCCAUACCAGCUCAGAGCCAGAGCCAGGCUUCCUCACCUGGGUUAGGACAAGGACCAAAUGGGAAAACACACCCUGCAGCCCUGGUAGACAAAGCCACUGAGCGGACAGGGAACAACUCCAGCAAAGGUAAACUGGAAGACACAGGACACUCCCCAUCCAGAGGCUCCUCUUCUUCUUCUUCUUCUUCUUCUGCUGUGGACAGCAGCACUGAGCGUCUGUUGCAGAAGAAACAGCACACUAACAACAGCCUGCUCUGCAAUCUGGACUUUGCCUCCUAUGGUUCAGCUCCACGCUCUCCUAGCACCUUACCCCGAAGCUAUGCUACCAGCAGCAGGGACAGCGAGCUGGACAGCCUAAUAAUGCAGCACUCUGAGGUGGAGAGGAAGAAGGAGGUGUUCCUGGACCACCUGAGGCAGAAGUACCCUCACCAUGCUGCAAUUAUCAUGGGAAACCAAGAACGCAUGAGGGAACAGGUGAGGAGCCCCAGGCCCCCUGAAAGCCCCCCCUGUGCAGGUGUGCUUGGCUUGGCAGAGCAGCAGGACCCUCUGGCUGCAGACACCAUGCCUGAUGGAGAGGUGCUGCCCCCCACUGUCCCCUUUACAAGGGGCUGUAAAGCCCGAGCAAGUCUACCUGUAGGCCGCUCGAGUGGUCAGACAAGAGAGAGGUCACUUGGUCCUGGUGUGCUGUACCUGCAGUAUGGAGAGGAGACAAAGCAGGUCCGGAUGCCUGUAGAGAUCGGCAGUCAUGACACUCUGCGGGCUCUGUUUGUCACCGCCUUCCCCCAGCAGCUCACCAUGAAGAUGCUGCAGUCUCCCAACAUGGCCAUCUACAUCAAAGACACCAGCCGCAAUGUCUACUACGACCUGGAGGACAUCAGAAACAUCACAUCCCACUCCUGUCUGAAGGUUUAUCAUAAAGACCCAGCACAUGUUUUCAACCGCCACGCCAGACCUGCCACCACAGAGGGAAGGAUAUCCAAAGAGGUGUUGUAUGGUAGCCACAGUCCAGUCCACACCCUGUCAUCAUCCAGCCGCAGCACCCUGCACAGCCUGCAGGGUUCAAUGUCCCCACCCAUGGUCCGCUCCAUGCCCUCCUCUCCCUCCAGGAUGGCCUAUGGCGGGGGGAGCACACGAGGGGCAGCAGCUAUGGUGGAUCCUGGCAGCGCCACAUUACCACGGGAACGGUUGUCAGGGGCGGGGCGAACCAGCACCCUCUGUACCAGCAGCAGUGCCAUUCUGGAGAGGAGAGAUGUCAAGCCUGAUGAGGAUGUUGGCAGCAGUAAGAGCAUGGCCCUGGUGGUGCGUGGUGAAGGAAGAUCACAUUACCCAGACUCCUACUGCUCCUCCCUCCAGGAUGGAGGAGGAGGUCGCCUCAGCAUCACUGCCUCCCAGUGCAGCGCUCCCCCCUCCCUCACUGCUGACAUGGUGGAUGCUGGAGUCGCAGGGAUACCUGGGGGACUGCAGCAGUUCCGGGCCUCCAUUAAACCCCUGAUGGGAUAUGGGGAGAGCAUGGAGCACCAGACCCUCUCCCUCCACAGACAGAAAAGCAGAAAGUAUGGUGACAGCCAGCUUCCUCCAUUGGGAACCAAAACCCCGCCCUCCUCCCCUCACAGAGUGAAUGAAGUCAGGAUGAUUGACGGACAGAUCAUUGGAGGGGUGGGCCUGGUGUGUCCGGAGAGGAUGUCACCGAUUCGUCGGUCCGUGCGGCGGGACAGUAAUGGGGCCACGGUAGAGAUGGUAAACAGAAGCAGAGGAAGCGGCUCAUCAUCCUCUACCUCGUCUGUGUUUGUGGAAUGCCCUCUGGGACAACCUGAAAGACUGUUUCAGGAUCACAUGUCUCCCAGCAACAGCCAAAGUGAGAGAAUGAAAGCCAUGGAGGAGCAGAUAGCCAGUCUAGCAGGACUGGUGCACCAUGCUCUGUCUAUGGGAUCAGAUACUCCAGGAGUUAAGGACCCUGUCAGUGAGAAUGGCGGACGGAAACUCAAAAGCAGACCUGGUGUGCUGUCUGAGUCCCAGAACCUGACUGCUUUGAUUGACAGCUCCAGCCCCGCCCUACUGGCUCUUGAGGCCAUGCCCUCUGACGGUGGGCUGCAGCAGAGCUUGGUUUUAGCUAAGAGAAAUGUGUCUGAGCUGCGACUGCAACUCAACCAACUCCGACAGUUACAGCUGUCAAGCCAGGAGGCCGUGGGUUCAAUGCUGCGGAUGGCAGGUCAGGAGCUGGUGGUGUUAAUGUGCGAUCGGUUGGCUCAGUCUGAGGAGGCAGCAUACAGAUGGAGAGCUGAGAUGGAGGAGGAGAGGAUCCACUACCUGGCUACAGAGGAGAGAAUCCUCACACAGCUCAGUGAACUGGAGGACUAUGUGGACCAUUUGCAAAGAAGCUCCGCCUCCAGUCCCAGCCAGCUGUCAGUCACUCUGAGAGAAGUGGAGGAGGGAGCAGUCAACCUGCGGAGGGUCGGAGAAGCUCUGGCCAUCCUCAAAGGUGAGUUUCCAGAGCUGCAGGUGAAGAUGCGUUCAGUACUGAAGCUGGAGGUGGAGGCGGUUCGUUUCUUGAAGGAGGAGCCUCAUAAGAUGGACUCCAUGUUGAAGAGGGUCAAAGCCCUGACUGAAGCCCUUAGCUCCCUCCGCAGGUGUGUGUCAGAUUCAGCCCCCCCAGCCAGAUCAGCACAAGUGGAGCCUCCAAAGGUCCUGGAGACAGACCAGGACCCUCUGAAGACCCAGAGCCCUCAGAGCUCCCCCAAACCUCAGCUUCGAUCCUCGGUCAGACCCCCUCAGCCCACUCCCUCCUCCUCCUCUGGGAGUCAGUUUGAGGCGGGCCAGGUGGGCUCAGUCUCCCCCAUCAUGGCCCGCAGAAUGAAGACCACAGCAGCCAGCGUGAUCCAGCCCCCCCACCACCACCCCAGCCCCCCACUAACCCCCACUCAUGGACGAGACUCACCAACUGUGGCCAAGGUGAGUCCUCGCAGCAGAGAGGGCAGCCCUGCCCUGCAGAAGAGACCCAGUCCUCUGCAGUCUGACGGAGUCUGCAUUUCAACAGAAAGCAGCCAGUCUGCACCAGCAUCAACACAGGAGAGUCUCACUGACAAGACCACCAUAACACACACACAUCCUGAGACCACAGAGAGAGAAGCUCCAGAGGGCAGUCUGACUCUAGAAACCAGCAGUAUGACCCAGCCCGGCACCAGCCAAGCCCACCAGCCCACCAGCUCUGACGCCAGUCAGCCUUCACCCCCAAACACCAGCACCACCAGCACAGACGUUGACCAGGUCCUUCAGGAGGCCCAGGCCAGCCUGAUGAAGUCCAUCCCUGAUUUGGAUGUGUCAGAUACCAGAGAGGGUCCCUCUGAUUCGACCUCAGGGCAGACAAACCCCUCUGCAGCAAAGUCGGAGCAGGAGACACCUCUGGACCUCACACUGCAAGCUCCACUGGAGCAGCAGGCUGCCUUGUCUGACACCCAGGAACACAAAGCCCCCAAGCUGAGAGAUGAAGUAGACUCCACCCUACCGAAACCUCCAGACACAGCUGCAGCAGCCACCUCUGAGCUUCCUGCAGCAGCUGUAGAGCCUCCUUCACCAGCUGCUCCCUCUACUGCUCCCUCAGCUUCUUCAUCAGCUUCUCCAUCAGCUUCUCCCAGCACAGAGCGGAGCAGUCGGCCUCAGGUGGAGAAACCCCGCCGCUCCAGUGUGGACAAGGAGAUAAAGCAGAGUCCAGACAGGGCUGGCAAGUCCUCCCCUCCUCCUCCUCCUCCUCCACGGAGGUUCCAUGCUGUCAGUUCAGGUCUUACCACAGGAAGGUCAGGAGAGGUGAUCUUCACCACCAGGAAAGAGCCUGUAGGAGCACAGGAUGCGGGUGCAAAUGAGCCGCCUGUGGUUCCUCAGCCCAAACCCCCCAGACAGCCACCAGAGGUCAAACCCAAACCCCAGAUAUGUCCUCCUGCAACUCUGGCUGCUUCCACCUCUGCCCCUGCCACAGCUUCAGCACAGAGGGAAGAGGAAGAUGAAGAGGAGGAAGAAGAAGAGGACAAUAAAUUUAUGAAAGAACUGCAGGUGUUUCAGAAAUGCACAAUGAAGGAAGUAAGGAGCAGAGGUGUACUUGAACUCUCAGUCUCUGAGCUUCAGAGCAGAGAAAUUGAUCCUGAGAUUCAGCUCUGGACAGACAAUCCAUUGUUUAAGUCAGACAUCAGCAGCAGCAGGGCUCCACCACAGAGUCCAGAGGUGACUGCAGAUCCAUCAAAUGGUAACAAUUUGCUAGGUGAAAAUAAGCGAUUGAACAGACAAAAAAAUGCACGUCCAGCAUGUGGAGGCAUCUGGCAAGUGGCCAGUCAGAGUCCUCCUGUGUUUUUAACAUCUGACAAGUCAGCUCCUCAGCCAAGAACUACUGAUGGCUGCUCUGAUAAACGUAUGACAGCCAUUGGAGUGGAAGAAGGCGGUGACGCUGGGGAAAUCAAUGUGGCUCCUGAUCAGAAGGAAGAAGUAGAGGAGAAGGUGGUUAAACAAGGGUCUAUGUUAAACUAUGUACCACUAGAAAAGAUGGCGGUACCCCCACCUGCAUCCUCACAAGAUGUUCACACUGAUGAUAGUAUGAGUCAUGUCCAGAUGCAUGAGGAGACGCCUACACUAACCCCAAAGCAAGCAGAGAAGAUGAAGUUAGUUACAAAAACAACCACAUAUAAAGGAAAUGACAAUACCCUUAACACUAUGUGUUCUGAUCAGAAAAACAUAGAACAAGAACAAGUGUAUUCCCCAACCACAGCAGAGAAGAAGGUCAAGUUUACAACAAUUGUCACUCUUCAAAAAGAAGACUCUGAAACAACUGACAUUGCAAGUCCUGACCAGACAAAAGAAAAGGUUGUCAAACGGGUACUGGCUGAGAGGAAGUCAAAUUUGAGAGUAGUUGUAACUUUACAAAAAGAAAACACCCCUGAGAAUUGCCCAAUAGAAUCAUCACCAGAGUCCCAGCUGGAUAAGUCCAUGAGCUCAGAUCAGGGGUGUGCUUCUUCUCCUGUCCUAAAACCUAAGCCCUUUUCACCUAACUUGCCUUACAGCCACAGCAGCAAACAGCAGAUCCAGGAGGCAACAGUGCAGUUAUCCAGAGGCCGAGCAGAAUACACAGAAGAAGGAGGUAGCCUGAGCCCUGAUCUUUGGGAUGAUGAGGGACCUCCCCCUCCACCACCACCGAAAUUUGCCCUUCACAUCUCAAAGACCAGAGUCAGGACACAAUCCAAAGAGGAAGACCUAGCCAAAAUGAGGGACUCUGACAUACAGACAGUAGAUGGGGAUGAUACUGGUGAGUCCACUUAUCUGGCACAUGAGAACCAAGGUUUCAAGGACAAUGAUGACUCCAACAAGAAGCCUAUCAUUGUUAUCUUGAAUGACCCUGUGGACAUUCAGUCAGCCUAUAAGCGUCUGUCUACCAUCUUUGAAUAUGAGGAGGAUCUUGAUGGAAUUCUUUCUCUAGAGAGUAUUGUGGAUGAAGAGGAGACAAAGCAGGGAGAAGAGGAACAGGACAGGAGAAAAAUUUGCAUCAUUGAAACAAAUUCAGGCUUCAGCCUGAAAGACAUUACAGGAAAUGGUCAAAAUUCUGUACAUAUGCAGCAUCGCAGACCUCCAGCAGACAAUGGCUCAAUUCCUGACAACCAAGACCAGGGUAAACCAGACUUGUUCAAAAAGACAGAGACCAAAGGGAAAUUCAAAUUUAAGUUCCCCAAAAAUAAACUGGCUGCAAUUAGCCAGGCCAUUCGAACAGGAAUGACCAAAACAGGAAAGAAGACUCUUGAGGUUGUUGUCUAUGAGGAAGAGGAGGAGAUUGCAUCAGACAGCAGGCCAGCAGAAUAUACCAAGAAGCAAACCAAGGAAUCCAAGAGAUUUGAGAUCAACAGUGCCAAACUAUUAGACUUGGAUAAAGGCAAUGCCUGUGACAGAGACAUCCAGGUAUCCUCUCCCAUUGAUAUCAGACACUCCAAGUCACAUAGCCGGGUAGAGGAGCUCUGCAAGAGCACAUUUGACGCAAUGGACAGUCUAGAAGAGUCCAUUAAACAGUUAGAAAUAAGCGUGGACAGUGCUGCUGCCCCUUCUUCCCCCUCCUUCACUGCAUGUUCAUCUCCUCUGUCCCCUGAUUCUUCCUUUGACUCCAAUGACAGAGCUCAGCUUAAAGGCAAGGUCAAACAAGAAAGGGAGAGAAGUCUGUCCAAGAGGCCAGCCCCUCAGAUCCCCAAGGGCCCAAAUCCACCACAGAACAUCCAGCAGCAGCUCCAGCUCCUCUGCUCAGCGAUCCCACACCAAGUCUCGCCACUCAUCCUCCUCUGGCUCUCCAGAGAAGACAACCAAGGGCCAGCAGCAGGCCACCCAGAAGCAGCCCAGCCAGCCACGUCUCGUCGCCAUCCCACGCUAGUGUCAGCCCCGCCACCCACGGGCCUCGCAGCAGCAAACGCCAGCAUCGCCUGGCCCUCACCUCCACCUCCACCUCCACCUCCACCUCCCAACAUAUCUACUACUCUUCAUCCUCCUGCUCUUCAUCCUCACCCUCCUCCUCAUCUCUGUCCCCCACCUCCUCCUCCUCCUCCCCUCCCUCCCCAUCCUCCUCCUCCCUCCUCCCCACCAUGGUGAGUCAUGGGGCGAGGAGUGUCCGAGCAUCAGCGUCCAACCCCGGUUCUCCGGGCCGCAGCAAGAAACGCACUGGAAGCCAAGCUGGCCGCGUCCUGCACACAGCGGCAGCAGCCUCAAAGGACACAGCGUGAUGGUUUGAUUUCUUGAUCUACAGUUUAAAAAAUAUGUCAGUGUGAUGGCAAAAUUGCACUGUAUUCCCACAGCAAUAUUGUGUGAUGUUUACCUUUGACAUUCUUGGAUGAGUUGUGGAUAUAGAUAAGUUUUGUAAUUGCAGCACCUCUUCUCUCCAUGGGAUCAGUUAUAUGAUGGUUUUCAACCAUCUGCUGAGGAAAUAUUGUGGAUACCAUGUUUUUAGUAGAAAGUACUCAAAAAACGGCUAUUAGCUUAUCACCGCUAUAUUGUACCAGCAUGUACAUCGGCCAAUAGGUAGAAAUAAACUGCAGUACAAUAAUGCUACAGAUAUGUUUGAGAACAUUUAGAAACAACAUCUCCAUUACAUAGUUUGUCCAUCAGAGAGUACGGGUGUAACGGUACCAUAAAUACACUGUUUACCUUAGUUUUGGGGUCAUGGUUUGGUUCAGAAACCUAAAAUUAUAUGUGUCAGUAAUCCAUCGUUAUUACAUAAAAUCCCACUAAUAUUCCAUUAAGACAGGUGCAGCAUAAUUAUAAUGAACUGAAAGCAAUCAUAGAAUCAGCAGCGCAGUUUACACUUUUUACACUCAACAGUUUUAGCAGUUUAUGCUCAGACUCAGGACUCAUUGUGUCCUAGUGGUCCAUCUAUCAUAAGGAGAGAAGUUGCCAGGCAAUGGAUAAUUCCUGGACAACUAUAGCUUGUACUUGUUCAUACAGGGCAGUGAAUAAUUCCUGCACACAUGAAGGGGGCACAACCCUUGUGUUGUUUGAUUGUUUGAGUUUCGGGAGACACACCCAACUCUGUUUCAACAGAGGCUAAACCGAGUAGUGUGGUUUACUUAACAAACAACUUUCCUACUGCCAAAGUCCGUCUGGUAGGAACUAAAAAGGUGUUGACAUAAUUAGAGUGAAUGAGGUUAAUUCAACAGAAGAAACCUGUGUACCGAACUUUCUGUAUCGAACAGUUUCAGGCAAAUACAUGUACCAUUACACCUGUACCAGUGCACACCGACAUGUUGACUGUAAAAUACACUCACCCAGCACUUUAUUAGGAACACCUGAGCAACGUAACGCAGUCCAAUACAACAGCUCUGCCAGAAAUU